CGACGACAACGACAACGACAACGACAACGACAACGACAACGACAACGACAACGACAACGACAACGACAACGACAACGACAACGACAACGACAACGACAACUCACCAAUGGCUGA